AUGGUCCAGGAUGUGUGGGUGGCGGAAGCAAAAAGAUUUGCUGACACUACUGUACGCGGCAGUUCUGGAGUUUCGCGCUGCCCUACGCCUGCAGGCUGUUGGCGAAUAUCACAAAAAAUCCAAGACAAUUUAGAGAUUGAAAUGAAGAAUCCCUACACAACAGAUAUGGCUGUGUGUUUUCCUGGAACCUGGACAAUCGGGACGCUCUACACAAUACUAGUUCCUUUGAAUUUUGACGGCACGCCAAAAGUUGGAGGAGAAUUGAUAGAGUGUGGCUAUUGUUACAAGAUACAUAAAGAAUGCCGGGUGGAGGUCCCUGAGAAUGGGAAGCUUGUUGCAAUUGUGAUCAGAUCUCAUUGA